CACUCAUCACUUGGGUGACUAUUUGUUGAAGAUCGAAAAACGGAAAUACAGAAAAAGUUAACCGCGCGAAAAUAAUAGUAAAUUCUGCAUGAAAUUGAAGAGUUAGCAGCAGGCACAAAAGGAGAUGGGUAAUAAAGUCGCUACAUUCACAGAACAACAACUGGACGACUAUCAGGAUUGCACAUUUUUUACGCGGAAGGAAAUUUUACGCGUUCAUAAACGUUUUCGUGAGCUGCGUCCCGAUUUGGUGCCACGCCAAAUGACCGAGGGCCAAGCAUCCAGUGUCAAGGUGCCGUGCGAAUGCAUCGAGAAGAUGCCCGAACUGCGCGAAAACCCCUUUCGACGGCGCAUCUGUGAAGCCUUCUCACGUGAUGGUCAGGGCAAUUUAUCCUUUGAAGAUUUCCUCGAUGCAUUGUCUGUGUUUAGCGAGCAGGCGCCGAGAGACAUUAAAGUUUUUUAUGCCUUCAAGAUUUACGAUUUUGAUCAAGAUGGCUUCAUUGGUCACGCCGACCUCAUGUCUUGUCUCACAACCAUGACGAAGAAUGAAUUAAGUCCGGAGGAGCAUCAACAGAUAGCCGAUAAGGUUAUGGAAGAGGCGGAUGUAGAUGGUGAUGGGAAAUUGUCAUUUCUUGAAUUCGAGCAUGUCAUUCUGCGUGCCCCGGACUUCCUUUCCACCUUUCGCAUACGCAUCUAACAUUAUGGAUAUGCAAAUAUGACUAUAAGGCUUUACUAGACACUUGAUUUUACUAUGAAGUACAUACAUAUGUACAUAUGUAUAUACAAUGGUUGAUUGUUGUAUUUGUAAUAAGUAUAUUUGCAUAGUUAUUUAUAUUGUAAUUUUCUGCAUACUGGCUACAGCAAAGAAAUGGAGCUUUUAUAUGUCAAAGAUUUAUAUUGAAUCUGAGUACAAUAUGUCACAUUCUGAAUUCAAUGAUUGACUUCAAUGAAAUUGAAUGUAACUGUUAGUAUUGAUUGAGUUUUAUUUGAAAAGUGCCAAUCAGCACAGAUUUCUGCCAACGUUUGAGUUAUUUAGUUCUUUAAGAUAAACAUAUUUGCAAAAUGCAGUCAAUUUAUCUAAGAGUUGAUUAAUUUUUAACAGUACUUACAGUAAUAGAUUGGAGGUAAAUAAUACCCUAUUUCCACCAACAGCUUAACUGCAGUUAAGAGCUAAGGUAAGUUCCAAGAAUUUAAAACAUGGGGUGAAUUGGCAAGGUAAUUACCGCUGCAUAUUGUCCUCCAUGGUACGGCCGCAAAGAGCGCUCUUAGACUCAAGGAGGCCGAAACGCGGAAGGCAACCAAUUUCGGGCAUGCAGCAAUAGUGAAUGAAAUUAAAGAGGCCGGCUAAAUG